AUGGUAAAAAGGAAAAGCAAGGAGCUAGGAGCUCACAAAAACAACGUAGAACUUCUUACGGAGGAUGAGUGGAUGCAACGCAAAAAUGUAUAUAUGCAGCGUUUGACGGACCUUCGGACAAGUGCAGCCUUCAUUGAAGAUGCCACCCACGAGUACAAGGAACUUCGGAAACAGCAGAUGGACGGUGAAAAGUGGAACACUUACUUAGCUUGUGACGGUCUGCCAGAUCCUAGUCGUCCCGACGAUAUUCGAAAAUUUGUCCAUCAGCUGAACUUUUUGGAAAAAGAAUCCUGCGCUAAAGAUAUAAGCUGGGCUCUUCCCGUCGACGAGCGAAGUAUAUUGUCUCACGCUCCUGACCGUAAGGAUAUGACUAGGAGAAACUUGGAAAAAACUAGACCUAACAUGGUCAAGCUCUACGAUGAUACGGUGCAACGUAUUCUAGAAACAAUUAGCCGUGUAGAAAGAGUCCUUCGCAACGAUGAUGAGCUACUGGACCUGCCAACUACUCAAGCACUGGAUCUUGCUGAGAUACCCGCGGAACUUCAUGGGACACUAGAUAAGUUUUUUGACAAGCUAACUUAUCGCGUAAUUUGCUCUCCCGAAGCAUAUAUGAUAAAUAAAGGUAGUUUACUAUCGAAUUACUGCUACAACUGCAGCAACUUUGACCUACAGAUAUGGGGACUGCAGGAUGUCCCGAUUCGUUUUAACUAUAUGAAGCUUCCGCUUAUGUGUUCUGAUCUGAACUGUGUUGGAGUGACUCUUCAACUACCGCUAAGCGUGCUCUGUGAUAAUCUGACCCUGCGCUGUGUCCACACUUUCUUUGAUCCUUUCUCCCAGCUGGCCAAAAGCUCUGAGCUGGACAUCACAGGGUCUAUGACCCCAAACUGUGGCCUCGUCGACAUCGGAGACAGUGUAAUGACCGAAUGGAUGACCCAGAUGGAUAUACAGGAGGAUCUUAUGAAUCAAAUGAGCCUGGAAAUGCAGAAAUACGAAGAGGGCAUUGUAGCGUAUGUAGAAGCAGAGGCAAAACGAAAAAAGGAUCCGGAAAAGUCAAAAAAGAAGUCCACUCUAAAGCCACCAAAAAUGCCACAAGAACUUCCUAUUGGCAUGUUUCCCGAUCCCUACAAGAUAUUUUUAGAGCACGAAAAACGAGAUUGUACCGACUUCUUUAAACGGAAUUUCCAUCCAGACCAGCUAAACCUGCUGCCUUUUGAGGUUAACAAUCGUAAAUUCAUCAUCAUGGGUGGCGUCAUCUCUUUGGUCUUUGUGCGAAAGGCCAAGCAUACCGCCUUUGAGAAAUUCAAUAUAACGUUGCAUGAGGAUGGUCGAGUUUUGCGUAAGGAGCUAGAUGUUUUGGAUGAAUCUCAUAAGGAAUUUUUGUCCACUAAAUUUAGCACCUUGCCAAGUCCUAGUCAUCCCAUUGAUCUUAAUACGGAAGAUGCCUCUGAGUUUAAGCUGCACUUGGAACCAGAUGAGCUACCCUUUUACUUUCUUACCUUCAAGAUGCCGAACCAUUUGUGCGUAUGGGGAGAACCCAUGGCCUGUCAAUUUGUUCAGCAUGUAAUCGAAAGUCAGCAGGUUGUUGAGAAUAUAUUGGAAAAAUUGGAUAAGAAGAAAAAGCCGAUGCGAAAGAAUUUCCGUAAAUCAGCAAGCAUUUUGCCAAAAGUAUCGACACCCGCAAAGGCUGCGAAUGUGCCAGAUGAAAAUGUAGAGGAAAUGCCUAAAACAAGAUACCAUCAGCCGGCACUACAAAGUUCACUCAACAUUUAUCGACCUUCAGCUUUGGCCAUUAUGCGACAAAGUCUUUUGGAACCAGGUCAGGGUUAUCAAAAUCCAAUUAAGAACGUUGACCUGAAAGGUGUGCCACUGACAAAGACGAACCUCGAACUACUUCGGAAGCACUGUUUACCUCGUAUCAUAUCCUCAUUUAAAUUUCCAAGGGAGUUCGUUAAUGAUGAGUUAGAAGAGCAGGCCAUCAAGAAGCCAGCGGCUUCAGCCCAGCUUUAUAGAAGGCGAGGCAACGAUUCUGCUCUGUCGGAACAAAUCAAGGAUCAUGUCUUUAGCUAUGAGGAGCAGUCUCUUCCCGAGCGAUUUUAUCCUGUGUUCCCAACCAUGGAACCCCUUCAACUUGGCCUUGAACGUAGUACCAAAGAGGAUACUUCUAUGUAUGGACUUUUUAGGACAUUGGAUGAUAUUAAGGAUAAAUACGAGGAUGCUCACAAAAAAAUUGAUGACCAGACUGUUCACACUGUCAGAAUGAGUAGACGUUUUCAUCCGGAGCCUAGUACGCCGAGUAGAACUAUCCGCCAGGGUUCAUUCUCACGACGGUCAACUAGACAAUUCGGAUUGGAUGUUGGCGGUAUAAGUGAAAUGCGACUGGCGGAAAUUGAGUACGAUCCCAGCAUAACAAGUGAUUCUGAGCCCCAACGAAAGAUAAGGAAAAAUGAUAAUUUGCAAUUGGGAACCCCUCGGAGUUCCGAACCCAGAAAGGUCUUCCUCUGGUCCACUGAAUUUAUCCUGGAGUCAGAGUACGAUAAGGAGAGUAAAGUACUUACUGUUAAAACGAAUAGAUUGGGAAACUUUGGUUUCGCCUACCUGAGAUACACGCAUUUUCCAUUUCGUCACUGGGAACUGGAGAAGAACGAGGAAAAUCCGGAUGAGCUCGUCUUAACCCUGGACACCCACCAUGUUCGUGUUGUCUUCUUUAUCAGCAAAGAUGGGUUCCGAUGUUAUGCGAUUGAUAUACCCAAGGAGUAUAUUGCCAGGCCGUAUAGAUAUAUAGAUAUAGAGAAACCUAUUGCAGAUUUCGUCGAGCUUCGCAAGCGUCUUCAGGAUCGUAAUCUGAAUGUUUUUGCGGAACAGGAUGCUUGUUUCUACAUCGAUCAGGGAUAUUUCUCGCAAAAGCACUUGGCGGCUGAGUAUCAUAUCUAUGAUGUGAUGACGGUGCACGCCAAGUUGAUAAAGUUUUCCCACAACCAGUGGAAUCGCCUGGCCGCGGAACGUGAUAUAGUGUUAUGCCUGCGGAAUAUCAAGGAUGUGCAUGAAGCAUCGGAGGUUACGGUGCGUGUAACACCAGAAAGCUCUACUUUCGUAGAGAUUUCGGAGUACUGUACUGAUGAUCUCAAGACAAUAAAACUGAAUUAUAAGAAGACCUGGCGAAAUAUUGGGACCUAUUCGGAUCUGCAUCAACUGAUCAACUCCAUGUACCCACAUGCCACGGAUAUGCGUAAUCGUGAUGCCAACCAGAUGUACUAUCUUCGUCAGCUCCUUCAGGAGAUCCGACCUCUGAGCUUUUCCUAGAGCUGGAGAUGCUGCUUAAUUGAAAACUACCAAACAAACACAAACCACAGCGUACACUUUCAAAUUAACAGCAAUUAAACUCAAUUGCCGUUU